AUGAAGCUGAGUAUGAGGCACUUAUUCUCGGCCUCCUUGCAGCCCUCGACAAAGGUAUUUUGCACUUAUGUGUAUGCAGAGAUUCCAAGUUGGUUGUUAAACAGGUACCUAGAUGCCCUCGCCACGUUAGCCUCGAAGCUAACCAUUACAGAUGACAUGACUGAGAUCCGUAUUACAAAACGCAUCAGCCCAGCUAUCAUCGCUGAGCUUUUCCCGGCCCAAACUGUUCCGGACAAUGAUUGGCUAGCCCCAAUCAUUAAUCAGCUCAAACAGCGGACAGGGUCGAUGCCUCUCACACAAUUAAAAUCAUUCCAGCUCUUACAGGGACUGCUCUACUUCUGCCUACCAUGCGGAACGUUGGCCAGAUGUUUAGGCCUUUGCGAUGCUGAGGCGGCUCUCAUAGCAACUCACGAGCAGCAUUGUGCUACACCUUUGGCGUUGUACCGGCACCUCCAGCGUCAAGGUUAUUUUUGGCCAGAUAUGACAGCCCAAGCCAAUUCCUUGCAGUGCACCUGUCCGCGAUGUCAGGCUAUAAUGGACGAGUUCGAAUCGUGUAUUCUCGAGAUCUCUGAUUGGUGUCGCCCGUUCAUUGAUUUUCUUUCACAUGGUGUACUCCUAGAUGAUAAACAAGCUGCUGCAAAGCUCAAGAGGAAGUCCGCAAGAUUUGAGGUACAAGACGGUGAACUUUUUCAUCGAACCCUCAACGAGUAUUUCACAAAAUGGAUCGAGGCGAUUCCCCUUAAGCAUGCCACCGGCGGGGCCGUCGCGGCUUUCAUCAAAGAGAAUAUCAUUUGCCGCUUCGGGAUUCCUCAUUACCUUCUCACCGACAAUGGUACUCCUUUCGUUAAUCAUAGAGUCAAGCAAUUACUUAGGCAGUACAAUGUCCAUCACAAGCGUUCAUCGCCAUACUACCCGCAAGGUAAUGGCCAAGCAGAGGCUUCAAACAAGAAUCUCAUCCGAAUCCUCAGUAGAACGCUUGAAGAAAAUCCUGGCACCUGGGUAGAGCAAUUGCGUCUAGCACUAUGGGCUUAUCGCACUUCUACCAAGUGCUCCACAGGUCAAACUCCGUUCUCUCUUGUUUAUGGAACGGAAACUGUUUUGCCCAUUGAUAUUGCAGUCCCGGCGGCGCAGCUUGCCUCGCGCAGCGGGGUUCCCAUGUCACGAGAUAUUAAGUUGGAAGCCCUCAAUGAGCGGCGUGAAUUAACCCUACAGCACCUCCAACAGUAUCAGUGCAACAUAGUGCGAGCAUAUAACAAGCAUGUCCAACCUCGACAGUUCCAACUAGGCUAG